GUUUACCAGUACCUCGGUAUUGGUGCUAAUUUUCCAUCUUGGGACGCGUGGCUGGAAGAAUUGGACGAAUCAUGGUGUCGACUAGCAGAACGACUUGUUGGCUGUUGCUCGUCUGCUUGAUCGUGCUUCUCGGAACUCUCCACGAUGCAGAAGGUACAAGAAAAAGAUUUCGCAGACCAGCAACCGCCGCCCCAUCGAUCUCGAACGAUCAGGAAGUCUCGGCCAGUGUGAACAGAUUCAAGGUCACACGAAAUCGUAUCGGCAAUAAAAGCAAGAAGAAUGAAAUUCAAACCGAUAAAUCGGAGGACUACAAGCUUGUAUGCUAUUAUACAAACUGGUCUCAAUAUCGGACGAAAAUUGGAAAAUUCAUGCCAGAGGACAUACAGCCAGACUUGUGUACGCACAUCGUGUUCGCAUUCGGCUGGUUGAAGAAAAACAAGCUGACCAGCUUCGAAUCGAACGACGAGACGAAAGAUGGAAAGAUCGGAUUGUACGAGCGGGUCGUUAAUCUAAAGAAAGCCAAUCCCUCUUUGAAAGUUUUGCUCGCGAUCGGUGGUUGGUCGUUCGGCACUCAAAAAUUCAAAGACGUGUCCGCGACAAGAUACGCGAGGCAAACCUUCAUCUACAGUGCUAUUUCCUACCUACGAGAUCGAAAUUUUGACGGUCUUGACAUCGAUUGGGAAUACCCAAAGGGGGGAGAUGACAAGAAGAAUUACGUUCUUUUGUUGAAAGAGCUUCGAGAAGCGUUCGAAGCAGAAGCUCAAGAGAAGAAGAUGCCGAGGCUUCUUUUAACAGCUGCUGUUCCGGUUGGUCCUGACAACGUUAAGAGCGGCUACGACGUACCAGCAGUUGCAAGUUACCUGGACUUCAUCAACCUGAUGGCGUACGAUUUCCACGGGAAAUGGGAACGAGAGACGGGUCACAAUGCGCCCCUCUACGCCUCGUCGUUGGACUCGGAAUGGCAGAAACAAUUAAGCGUGGACAACGCUGCAUCGAUGUGGGUCCGACUCGGGGCCCCCAAAGAGAAACUGAUCAUCGGCAUGCCGACUUACGGCCGUUCCUUCACUCUCUCAAAUCUUUCCAAUUUCCGUGUUCAUGCACCUGCGAGCGGCGGUGGAAAGGCAGGCGAAUACACCAAGGAAUCCGGCUUUCUUGCCUAUUACGAGAUCUGCGAGAUGUUGCAAAACGGUGCAGCCUACAUCUGGGACGAUGAGAUGAAGGUGCCGUACAUGGUGCAAAAUGAUCAAUGGGUGGGCUUCGACGACGAGAAAUCUAUUCGACUCAAGAUGGAUUGGUUAAAGAGCAAGGGUUACGGUGGUGCUAUGGUGUGGACGGUUGAUAUGGACGACUUCAACGGCACGGUGUGCGGUGGAAACGUCAAGUAUCCCUUGAUCGGCGCAAUGAGAGAGGAAUUGCUUGGAAUUUCGAGAGGACCGAACGCCAAGGACGUUGAUUGGAGUGCAGUGGCUAGCACCGUGUCCGAAACCAUCUUGAAGAAACCGGAACCUUACAAGAUAUUGGUCUCAGAUGUGAUCAACAAGGCGAAGAAACAUCAAAAACAAGCAACUCAACUCGUCAUUAAUCUUCCUACCAAUGAAAGGCCAGCCCAAUCUAUGUGCUACAUGACGAAUUGGUCGCACAAACGGCCUGGAACUGGAAAAUUUGUACCAGAGGACAUCGAUCCGACUCUCUGCACCCACAUAGUCUAUUCAUUCGCAACGUUGAAGAAUUACUUGCUGGCAGAAGAGAGCGAAAAGGAUGGGGAGAUGUACGAGCGACUGAUGACUUUGCGCAACAAAAAUCCUGAUCUCAAGAUAUUAUUGGCGAUUGGUGGCUGGGCUUUCGGAUCGACCCCGUUCAGAGAAUUGACCAGUAAUACUUUCCGUAUGAAUCAAUUCGUUUACGAGGCCAUCGAAUUCCUCAGGGAAUACAAAUUUGAUGGUUUGGAUGUCGAUUGGGAAUAUCCACGGGGUGGUGACGAUCGAGCUGCCUACGUGAACCUUUUGAAGGAACUUCGACUCGCUUUCGAAGGGGAAGCGAACAGUUCUGGACAACCGAAAUUAAUUUUAUCGGCCGCGGUGCCAGCUAGUUUCGAGGCUAUUGCUGCGGGAUACGAUGUACCAGAAAUAUCCAAAUAUCUGGAUUUUAUAAACGUGAUGACGUAUGAUUUUCAUGGUCAAUGGGAGAGGCAAGUGGGUCACAAUAGUCCUCUGUUUCCCUUGGAAAGUGCUACGAGUUAUCAAAAGAAAUUGACGGUGGAUUACAGCGCAAGGGAAUGGGUGAAGCAAGGUGCUCCAAAAGAGAAAUUAAUGAUCGGUAUGCCGACAUAUGGCAGAUCUUUCACAUUGGUGGACAAAGAGAAAUUUGACAUUGGGGCGCCUGCUUCGGGGGGAGGAACAUCUGGUAAUUUCACUAACGAAUCCGGAUUCCUCUCGUACUACGAGAUUUGCAGCUUUUUGAACGAAGAUAACACUACUCUAGUCUGGGAUAGCGAGCAACAAGUACCUUUCGCGUACAGGGAUGAUCAGUGGGUCGGUUUCGAUGACGAGAGAAGCCUUAUAAAUAAGAUGCAAUGGCUUAAAGAAGAAGGUUUUGGAGGUAUAAUGAUUUGGUCGGUGGACAUGGACGAUUUUAAAGGAACCUGCGGAGCUGGCAAGUAUCCAUUGAUCAAAGCUAUGAUGAAAGAGCUGCGAGAUUAUAAAGUGAAACUAGAAUACGACGGUCCUUAUGAGAGUCACUUGAGAAAUGGAAGGUACACCACCAAAGAUCCGAAUGAGGUGAGCUGUGAUGAGGAAGACAAUCACAUAUCUUAUCAUCCUGACAAGAGCGAUUGCACCAUGUAUUAUAUGUGUGAAGGUGAAAGGAAACAUCACAUGCCUUGUCCUGUGAAUCUAGUAUUUAAUCCCAACGAGAACGUUUGUGAUUGGCCUGAAAAUGUGGAAGGGUGUUUGCAACACACGCAAGCGCCACCAGUGUAAAAAGAAAAAAAAAAAAAAAGAAAAAGAGAAAAGAAUGGAAAGAGACAAAAAUUACAUCUAUUUAAGAAUAAUUUUCUGCGGUUGUACUUGUAAAAGUACUCGUGAAAGUUAAUUAAAAAGAAAGUAUUUGUAAUUCGUCGAAAAACACGAUAAUCGACGAGAAAUUUUGUUACCGAGAAAUAAUUUUUAUCCCUUCUUCUUAAUCCACAGCUUCUUCUUCUUCCUUUUCCUUUAAAAGGAUUUCUUCUUUUCCCCGAAAGUCCUUUUAUCUUCCACUGAUUCUAUCUGUCUACAUGUUUUUCAUUUGUAUAAAUCAUGCACUGUGUUUAAUUACUGCGAUAGAUAUUGUGUUUUGUAAAUAAAAAUAAAUAAAAUUUCUUUAAAAAAAAAAAAAAAAGAAAA